AAUUCCGGCGGCAAUUCGUAGGAAGUUUCUUAGCGCGUUCUUGUCUGUAUCCAUAGCGUGUUCUAGGUGUCUCAAGAUGUCAUUGAAUGACUUUUUUGCCAAACAAAAUAAGAAAAAGUCUAAGAAAAAACAAAAUCCCACUGAAUUAAUGGAUUUGCUGACAAAAGGAGGUGAAGUACUCAAAUCUUACCCAGAAUCUAAUGCUCCACAAGAAAACAAGCCUAUUACUUCUGAGAAAGAUGACGAGUGGGAAAUUAUAGAUGACGAAAAAGAAAUAGAUCUUCAGAACAUUCGGGUCUACAAUCUGUCCUCUGCCAUAACUGACGAUUCUGCUAAAAAUUUGUCGAAAAACAAAGAUUCUCGUGAAGGUGAUGGUGAAUCUGUGGUGGAGAAGAAGGUUUGGGGUGCAAAGCCUGUUGAAACUCCCGAAGAACCCGUAGAAGCAGUUGUACAACCACCACCUAAACCUAGCGUCUACAUUCCUGCUCCGUUGAGACUGGGAGGCAGUGGUUUAGGUCCUGUAGCUCCAAAGCCAAAUGUAGCCAGUUCAAUGGAUUUUCCUACCCUAGAUGCAUCUGUGAAUGAACCUCAGAAAAAGGAAAUUCAACCAAAUAAUGAUAAUGAUGACAAAAACUCACCUUGGCAACAGGCAGGUGUGCGUCGUGCUAACCCAAUAUCUAGUACAUUACAAAUAGCCGUCAACACCACAACAUCCGCAUAUGUUCCACCAAGCUUGCGACAGGCAGGGGCUGCAGGAUUCAAAAGUGUGGGUCCAGGUUAUACAGGAGAUGGCUUCCGGCCUCAUAAUGUUCCACCUUUUCGUUCAGAUAUAGAUCCAGGAUUUAGAAGAUUUACCGAAAAUCCAGGACUUCGCGAAGCCGCUUCAGGUGGUGGUUGGGCUAGAGGAAAUAUUAUCAGUGUGAAUCCCAUUAACAAUCCUGCCGAACAGCUUCCGCCGAAUCCCUCAGAUACAAGUUUCCACACAGCUUCAGAAAACACAAAUGGAUGGUCUAGAAAUGUAAAUGUGAAAACUUACAAAGAUGUACGUGAGACGCCUGGGCUAGAAAUCGACUUAAAAAACCGAUUCACAGCAUUUAAUGAGACCUGAGACUAACCGUCAAAUGGGUUUUCAUCAGUUUAUCUAUUAAUUUCCAUCUUACGAAAGUAAUGAUUAAUGCUUUAGUAUCUCUGGAACGUGAUAUUUUGAACAAUUUCAAAGAAGCAAUGGGAGACUAGCGGUUGACUGUACAUUAAUUUUUGAUAAGUUUCUAUUUCUAAUGGAAAGUACCACGUGCUUAUUUUCCUCCUAUUAUAACAGGUAGCCUUAAUGAAUUAUCUUUGAUAGGUGUGGUUGACUUUCACUCAACAACACAUUUCUAAUACAGAACUUAUUUUCAAUGUGUGGUAGAAAUCUUUUGAUUAUCACAAUGUUGUGAAAUCAACAUCUUUUGAUUCUAUCGUUUUAAUGCUCUGAGAUGUGGGACCAGUUAUUUUUUCGAUGAGGUGUUCGUUUAACUUUACUAUUUUUCUUAUAAAAUUCACGAGAUUAGUGCAUGUUAUUCUAAAAGUACUACUUUUUGUCCUCAUAUGUGCUGAAUUUUUGUAAAACAUCCUUUUCCUUGUUUUAGAUCCUGGUCGUUUGGUUGAGAGUCUUCGGUAUUUAGUUCUGUUUUAUAUUACGGUUAAUCCAUGACAGUCGGGUGCAGUAUACUCACUCAUUAAGUAGUUACUCAGAAAUGUCAUACCAGUGCACAAGUGUACUGCCUAAUUAC